AUGCCAAUUGAACUUAUCCUUUCCCCUCUAAUGAGACCUGUGGUCUUAGCUAAAUCUAUUUUAUUUAGUCCUCACAGACGAGCAUCUCGGUAUAUUCCUACAAUCAUUGAUUUACCAGAAGAAAAUAUUUCCCAAUACGCUGUAUUGAGAAGAUUUGGAUCUGGAUCCAAGAUAUUUGAUGUUUACGAUACUGACAAUGGUAAUGAGCCACUUGGUCCUAGCGACCCAUCGAAAAAGCUUUUCUGGUUUGUUAGAUCAAGGGCCGUUAAAGGAGCAUACAGAAUGUAUUCAUCUGCAAUAACUGGUACUGGGGAAAAUGGUGAAGAUGAACCUGUUGCUGCCAUCAGAGCUGGUUUGAGAUCAAAUGUCUUGUUAAUUAGAGCACCUGAAGCACCUGCCGCUGAAUUAGGUUGGCAUAUUAUUGGGCAUAAAGUCGAUGCCAUCGACAGUUAUAGAAUGUUUACUUUAGCGGAUGGAGCCACCUAUCAAUGGACUAGCAAAGGUAUGUGGCUAGAAAAAGUUCACAACCAAGGAGAAAAGGAAUCCGAAGUUAGAGAAAGAAUCGCUCAAGUCAUCCCAAAUGGAGGCAACGGUUUCACUUUGAAAGUCAACGAAGCCAAAAUCCCAAGAGAAAUGGCCCUUGGUAGUGCAUUAUGCUCUCAUAUUGACCAAUGGAAUACAAACAUUCUGGUUGGUGGUAUUUACUAUGCAAGGCAACCAAAUCAAGUUCGUUGGAAAAGAGAUUAG